UUCGGUCGUAUCAGCGUUGAAACGGCUUCAUAUUUUUUUACGCGAUUUCUGCAAAGCGUGAUUUACAUUUAAAAUGCCAUACGCUAAUCAACCAUCAGUUACUAUUACAGAGCUUACGGAUGAAAAUGUGAAAUUUGUGGUAGAAGACACCGAAUUAAGCGUUACCAACAGUUUGCGGCGAGUUUUCAUAGCCGAAACACCAACACUAGCAAUUGAUUGGGUCCAGUUGGAGUCGAACACUACAGUACUCGCCGACGAGUUUCUCGCUCAUCGUGUUGGGCUGAUUCCUUUAAUAUCCGAUGAAGUAGUGGAACGAAUGCAGUACAGCAGGGAUUGCACGUGUUUGGAUUUCUGCACCGAGUGCAGCGUGGAAUUUACUCUGGAUGUUAAAUGUAAUGACGAGCAUACGCGGCACGUAACGACAGCCGAUUUGAAGUCUAGCGAUCCACGAGUGCUGCCUGUUACGUCCCGACACCGUGAUGACGAGGAUAAUGAAUACGGUGAAGGUACCGACGAGAUAUUGAUCAUUAAACUACGAAAGGGACAGGAAUUGAAAUUGCGGGCCUAUGCAAAAAAAGGCUUCGGUAAAGAACACGCCAAAUGGAAUCCAACAUGCGGCGUUUGUUUCGAGUACGAUCCCGAUAACUCGAUGCGACACACUCUUUUCCCUAAACCGGACGAGUGGCCGAAGUCCGAACACACUGAAUUAGAGGAUGACAAGUACGAAGCGGAAUUCAACUGGGAGGCUAAGCCAAAUAAAUUCUUUUUCAAUGUAGAAUCCUCAGGAGCCCUGAAGCCAGAAAAUAUUGUUAUGAUGGGUGUGCAGGUGCUUAAAAAUAAGCUGUCCAAUUUGCAGACGCAGCUCAGUCAUGAGACGCAAACAGAUGCAUUGGCAAUUUGAAUAUAUUGCGUAUUUUAAACUUUAGUAUAUAAAUAUAAAUCUUUGUUAGAGAAAGUCUAA